AUGUCCAAACAGCCACAGGAAAUGUACCAGCGAAAAUUUAACAUAUCUAUCCUCAGUCCCAACCUUGACCAGUUCUGGGUUGACACGAGGCUCUUCCUCGAACAAUCAGGUUACAGAUUACCCCCCAAGUUCGAUCCCGCGUGGGUACCAAAAAAUGCGAUCGAAGAGCGACAAGCUUUAGCUCGAUUUCCGCGAGAUUUCCUUACAUCUGCGGUACGACUGAUUCUAUUCUCGUCACCACCUCUCUCCCUUGAUCCACGAAAUCAUUGCAUUCCUAUCCUUGACGUCGUGAAACAUGGCGACCACGCAAUCCUUGUGCUCCCGGUAUUACGACUCUUCUGGGAUCCUCCUUUCGAUACCGUAGGAGAAGUGAUCGAAUGCUUUAGACAAAUAUUUGAGGGCAUCCAGUUCAUGCACCAACAUUUCGUCGCACACCGGGAUUGCACGCUCAUGAACAUCAUGCUGGAUCCCACAAAGAUGUAUCCAAAAGGUUUUAAUCCUGAACGACCUUACAUGAAGGUUGACCGUAGUGGUCACGUUUCGCCAAGUUGCACGCGAACUGCGUGCUGGCCACGGUAUUACCUCAUCGACUUUGGACAUGCCCGUCGAUACGAUCCAGCAGAUGGUAUCCCUAAUGAGGCGAUCAUUCGGGGAGGAGACAAAACGGCACCUGAACAUUGCCACCCUGAUCCGUCAUUAGCGUGCAAUCCGUUUCCUACUGACAUAUAUUACCUUGGAAAUCUGCUCAGGGAGUAUUUCCUAGAUACAAAGGAACACUGCAAUCCUACCAGAAUAGGACUGGACUUUUUACGGCCGCUCGUAGAAGACAUGGUGAAGGAGAAUCCUUCUGAACGGCCUACCAUAGAUGAUGUGGUAAUACGGUUUGACGCGCUGGUGAAAUCACUUUCUUUUUGGCGUCUCCAAGCCGUGACUCAACUGGGAAAUCAACCACUCUCAUUUCCUUUCGCGUAUUUUGUUCGCCGCUUAAAAUUCGCUCUCAUGUUUAGAUCUCCGUUACAGAAGAUUGCUGCUCCGCCUUCUCGGGUCUUGCCUGCUAUGCAGGACUUUUAUACUGGGAAUCGAUAG